AUGACUUCCCAACCCGCCUGGGACUAUAUCGCAAAGCUAGUAUGCAUAGGCGACUCAGGCUGUGGUAAAUCCUCCCUGACCAUACGUCUCUGCGAAGGCCGCUUCGUUACCCAUCAUGACGUAACCAUCGGCGUGGAGUUUGGCUCCCGCAUCGUCCCCGUCGGUCCCCCUUAUUCCACCACCACAGAAGAGUGCUCUACCUCAACCCCAAUACCGUCCACCCCGUCUUCCCCAAAACCUGCCAACGGCAAGCCCCCAGCCGGCCUCCCAAAACCUCCAACAGUCCCUACCCCCCAGUCCGAAGCAGCCGCUGCUGCCUCCCAAAAGCACAUGAAGCUUUCCCUCUGGGACACUGCCGGACAAGAAACGUACAAGUCCGUCACGAGAUCCUACUUUCGCGGCGCAUCUGGUGCGCUCUUGGUCUUCGAUCUCACCCGCAAGUCCACCUUUACGCACGUCACCGACUGGCUCAACGACCUCCGCCAGAUCGCCGAGCCCGACAUCGUCGUUGUUCUCGUGGGUAACAAGGCCGAUCUGGCCUCGCCAGAAGCAGAGGGAGGGCAGAACAAGCGCGAGGUCUCACGGCAAGAAGCGGAGGAGUGGGCCCGUAGGAAUGGCGUGCUUGAAUACGUCGAAACUAGCGCAAAGAGCGGGGAGGGAGUAGAAAAGGCCUUUAUGAGAGUAGCCGAAAAGAUUUUUGGGAACAUUCAACAGGGGAAAUACGACUUAAAUGACAGGAGGUCAGGCGUGAAGGGACCGAACUUUGGGGGGCCGCCAGGGAGCUCGGGGGGCAAGCCGGUGAGGUUGACGAACAGUGCGAAUAAGAGCUCGGGCGGGUGCUGUUGA